AUGAAAGAGAACUUUAUUGAUGCUUAUACGAGUUUCAAUUCAACGUUUUUAUUCAGUACCAUAGCUGAGUCACGGUUUUCAGUUGAUACAAAAGUCAAACUUUCACUGAAUUCUUUCCUUGACUCAGCUGUUUCUUAUAAUAAUCGUAUCCUAUUCAUAGCUCGACAAACAACAGUAACAAAUGGAUUGAUCUCAUCUUUAGGCACCAACUAUUACCUUGUAUCAGCAGACGAUGAGACACAAAUUAUGACAGGUAGACUUGAUAUUGUUGCCAACACUUUUAAAGAUGGUUGUUCUUGCUCUGAUGAUCGUCAGUGUCCUCAAUCAGUUGUCUUAUUCGGCAAUAAUGGAACCUCAAUUCAAACUAUCAUACCUGGCAUGAUAUUCGACUGUUUAUUGUUAGAUGGUGUACUUGUAUCAUCACUUGAAUGUUUUUAUGAUUCUCAAUGUAUAUCAUUACUUCAAGAUACAUUUAUGAUGGACACGAAAGUAAAGCCACUCAGUGCUUUGAGUCGUUUUUUACCAAAUGUUACCAUAGGUAAACUAUUGAACGAACUUAUGAUUGAAGAACUAACUACAAAAAUUGAUUUUUCUUCAUACUAUAAAAAGUGCAAUCCAGCAUUCUGCACAUACUCAUAUACACACAGAUUUGAUAUUCUGUUUAUUAUUACAACAUUCAUUAGUGUAUUAGGUGGAGCUUCAACUAUAUUAAAAUUCAUUUCUCCUAUUUUGAUCAAGAUGAUAUUGAAAAUAGUUAAGUGGAAAAGACAAGGAGAAUCAAUUGGUAUAAAUCAAAACCAGAUUUCAAGCAAUGAUAAACGAUCAUUUUCAUUUUCUCGUAAGUUCUAA